AUGAGCCAAUCGUCCAUCACCGUCUCCAAAACCUCAUCUGGAAUCACUACAAUCACCAUCACCCGGCCCCAUCGCCGCAAUGCCGUGAAUCCAUCCACCGCCCGCGCUCUGUACUCGGCCUUUAUUGAGUUCGAGGAGGACGCCUCGCAGAAAGUCGCCAUCCUUACUGGGUCCGAGGGAGCCUUCUGCGCCGGCGCAGACCUUGUCGACCUGACAGCGCAGUCCAAACAAGAUCCAGCCACUCUGGAUCCGCUGGAUAGAGAUCAUCUGCAACCGGUUCAAGGCCGCAACUGCGGUCCCAUGGGUCCGUCGAGGUUGCAGGUGAGAAAGCCCGUCAUUGCUGCAGUGGCAGGUCAUGCCGUUGCCGGCGGCCUCGAAUUGAGCCUUCUGGCCGACAUGCGGGUGGUUGAAGAGGACGCAACCUUCGGCGUCUACUGUCGUCGCUGGGGUGUGCCGCUGAUUGACGGCGGCACAGUCCGCUUACAAGCCAUCGUUGGCCUAGGACGAGCAUUGGAUAUGAUUCUUACCGGACGACCAGUCUCUGCGCAGGAAGCUCUGUCAAUGGGUCUCGCAAACAGGGUCGUUCCCAAGGGCAAGGCGCUCGAAGAAGCCACGAAACUCGCCGAAUCACUACUGAGGUUUCCCAACGCGUGUAUGAACUCUGACCGAGAUUCUUGCUACUAUGCCGCAUAUAAUGCCCAGAAUUUUGAGGAUGCUAUGAGGUACGAGUACGAUCACGGGGUCAAAGUAGUCCAGAUGGAGAGUAUGGCUGGUGCUGCUCGAUUUGCCGAUGGACGCGGGAGACACGGCGGAUUUGACAAGUUGUAA